UGGGUGACCCUGCUCCCUGCACCCCUGCACAGCUGGCCAGGAGAGGUCUCAACGUGGUGCUCAUCAGUCGGAGCCUGAGCAAGUUGGAGCAGGAGGCCAAGGAGAUUGAGCGGCUGCAUGGCCGGCAGACUCGAGUCAUCCAGGCUGACUUCACCCGGGGCAUGGAGAUCUAUGCGGACAUCGAGGCGGGACUGCAGGACCUGGACAUAGGAGUGCUGGUGAACAACGUGGGCAUGGCUUAUGCGGGCAGAAAGCUGAAGAGGGUUCUGGAGUGGGAGGACCCUGGACAAAGCAUGACGGACCUGGUGAACUGCAACAUUAUGUCAGUGAUCCAGAUGACCCGCAUCGUCCUGCCCCGCAUGGUCACCAGGCGCAGAGGUGUCAUCAUCAACCUCUCCUCGGUGACCAGCUUGCGUAGCAUCCCACUUUGUAACAUGUAUGCUGCAUCCAAGGCCUUCGUGCGAAGCUUCUCCAACGCCUUGGCCACAGAGUACCGCCCCUAUGGCAUCACCGUGCAGACCGUGAGUCCUGCUCUUGUUGCCACAAAUUUGACCACUGGCUUCAAACCCGGACUCCUGGUCAUGCGGUCUGAAGACUUUGCCCGGGAGGCGCUGGACACUGUGGGCCUGUCGUCUGACGUCUCUGGCUGCCUGAGCCAUGCCCUGCAGGUGCCGCAGUGUGGCGGGUGGCAGGUGGUGGGUGGUGAUGUUUUUUGGCCAGGUGGAAGGGGAGUGGUCCAGAGGAGGGGAGAGGCCGAGGAGGCGCAGCACAAAGAGCUGACCCGGCUCCUGUCCUCUCCAGAUUAG